ACAUUGACGGUGAGCUUUAAAGGGACCAUACCUUCCUGAACCUUCUGGGUUUCAAGGGAUCGCUCCCUGCUGGACCCUUUAGCCUUAAAGGGGCUGUACCCUUCUAGAUCAACUGAAGCCAGCGUACAUUUUUAAAGAUCAGAUCGCGUUCAAACCAGACCCAUAGGGUGGGCUUCCACAGAUCACUGUGAUCAGUCAUCACAAAACAGGGAGGCACCGAACAUCACACAAAAUAUAAAAAAAACCCACAGGGAGGAGGUGUUUUUACCCCCUCCCCAAGGACAUCAGCGCACUCGCUCCAGAAGAGAGGCAAUGGACGACACCGCCAGACACAGCAACAGAAGACCAGCUGCUUCGUCGUCCCGCCAAAAGGGCGCCGCCUGCCCUGCGCGCUGACGUCACGGCGCCGCUCCCUCCCCGGGUCUGAGCUCGGCCGCCGCCAUCUUGCUCAGGGUCCGGCGGAAGGCGGGCGGUCGGUCUCUCUGAGAGAGAGAACCGGGAGUCAGACGCAGAGCGAGCCGAUAUCCGGAGGACGAGGAGGAGCGGGGGGUGGGGAAGGUGACCAUGAGGAGAAAGCGGCUGUGAGACCCAGCCGCCCUAUACACGGAGUGGGGUGGGUGGAAGGAGAGGGUUCGUGUGGUGGUGAGCUGAGGCCGGCCCUCCGUGACCGCCGGUGCCCCUGUCCACCCACCGGCCGAUCGCUGCCGUUCCCGGGGGUUUGGCUGUGCCCGGAGGCUGGGGGGUGGGUGGGGAAGGGGGAGGAGGACGCCAUGGCCGCCGCCAAGUUCGAGUCCCACGACCGGACGAGCUGGUACUUCGGGCCGCUGAGCCGGCCGGAAGCGCAGGCCAAGCUGCUGGGCCAGCGGCACGGCACUUUCUUGGUGAGGGACAGCAGCACCUGCCCGGGGGACUACGUGCUGUCGGUCUCCGAGAACUCCAAGGUGUCGCACUACAUCAUUAACAGCCUGCCGGGCAAGUUCAAGAUCGGCGACCAGGAGUUCGACAACCUGCCGGGCCUGCUCGAGUUCUACAAGAUCCACUACCUGGACACCACUACCCUGAUCGAGCCGGCCUCCAGGGCACCCCCCGGAUCGGCGCCAACCGUCGCCCCAGCCGGGCUGGCCAAAGGCCCGGUUCCUCCGGUGCCAGCAGCCGAGGAGAGCGCCGAGUACGUGCGGACACUGUACGACUUCCCAGGCAACGACGUGGAGGACCUGCCCUUCAAGAAGGGCGAGCUGCUGGUCAUCGUGGAGAAGCCCGAGGAGCAGUGGUGGAGCGCCCGCAACAAGGACGGCCGCCUCGGCAUGAUCCCCGUGCCCUAUGUCGAGGUGGUGGUCAAGUCGUCGCCCCAGCAGCAGCAGCCGCAGACCUUCCAGGCCCAGAGCCAGCAGCAGCAGCAACAGGCGGCUGGCUACCGCAACUCCAGCAGCUACGGCAUUCCCGAGCCCGCACACGCUUAUGCCCAGCCCCAGACCAGCAGUCCCCUGCCCACCGGCACCAUCCCGCUGCCCACCACCCAGAACGGGCCCAUCUAUGCCCGAGCCAUCCAGAAGCGAGUUCCCUGCGCCUAUGACAAAACGGCCUUAGCCCUGGAGGUUGGCGACCUUGUGAAAGUGACCAGAAUGAACAUCAGUGGCCAGUGGGAGGGUGAAGUGAACGGACGGCAAGGACUGUUCCCUUUCACUCACGUCCAGAUCUUCGAUCCCCAGAACCCUGAAGAAAACGAGUGACCCAGAGAUCUGGUUACACGUGGUCACCUCCAUCUGCCUGUUCAUCGCACACGGUUUCAGCAUCACAUCCGGUGCAUCGCUUCCAGACUAAUGGGGAAACCAUCAUUUUGCCAUGGAACCGCGAUUGGAUUUUUGAGUAUCUGCUUACCUGCUGGAUUUUAAUGUUUCUGUCUGAGCUCUUCCCACGUACCAUUAAAGCUACAUGAUUACUAAUAAUAAAUGGAGUAAAGGACGGGAGAGAGACAGUCUCUAUCUCAGUGCCACGAUAGUUAAUGCUUCAGUAAACAUUUUGAAGCCAACUGGGAUAACCAAGCGUAUACUUGGCUGCAUCCCUCACACCUGAUGGAUAUUCCUCCUGCCUACGACAGGCAUGUAAAUGCGGUGAUCCCUUGCCAGUUCAUUAAUUGUGGUAUUUUGGGAUGCUACUGGGACAAGAUGUAUCUAGCCUCAGCUAUUAUCUUGAGUGCUUACUUAAUGUAAAGGAACUGAGUGAAUAAUUGAGGCAUCGGACUCAAAAGAAUGAUUUGAAAUGGUUCAGAGUACAGCCUAUAUAUGUUAGUCUGUGGUGCCAUAUCCAAUAUGUAGAGGAGACAAUUUUUUUGGAUACAAUCAGGUAGAUAGCUGUAGAAAACAAUCAUGAAUAAGUGACUUUUACAGUUUUGUAACACCUGUAAAAAUUGAGCUUUGAAAGAGGAAACACUCUGGGAAAACAGGAACAGAAUUGUUAAUACUUGGCAAUCCAGCAAGAUUGCUAGUUGUAGCCUGAGUGAGGCACAAGGAUAAAUUGGUAACUCAAGCCUUAAGGACUGGGCUGGGCUGUGGGGGCAGGUAAUUUGCAAAAUGACUGGCUUGUGAUUGAGUAAGGCACAACCUUUUCAUAUCUAAAUAUGAAGGUAGUAGGUUCAGUUUUAGUGAAUGACCUUCAGAAAAUCACGAAUGACCUUCAGAAAAUCACGAAUGAUUCCGACAUCUGGCUAAUGGACAGAAAAUAUUUGAAUGGGGAAAUUAGUGCCUUUUCCUUCGGGAACUGGUUUCUACAAGCAGUUUCUUAGUCUGCUUUUCUGUAAAAAUGCUUAAUAUUGGGUAGCUGCCUUUGGUAGACCCUGUUCAGCCUGCACAGUUUGUCAGACCUCUGCCAGUGUCCAGCUCAAGUCAUCAGCUGCAGGUGGCUAAAGGGAUUGAGAGGGGCUGUGGUUGCAAUGUGUUUUACAGAUUGGAAAAUCGCUUCACCUCUCUUACACAUGCAGACUGGAUGGUUUCUUACAUGCGUGCACUCUUAGUUUUCUUUUACACCCAUUCUUUCUCACACUUCUGCUCAUGUUUUCUCUCUCUCACUUGCCAAUCCACACUGACCCCUCCCUCUCAACUGCCUGUUCAUGACUUCUGUCUUUCUCUCACUUGCCACUUCUGCCUCCCUAUCAGCAUUUUUUGUCUCCAUGACCAAACUGUGCCUUUCUCUCUUAUCUGCUUGCAAUCCUGUAUCUCCUUUGUUUCCUUUGCCUUUCUUUCUUCCCUUCAUCUACCAAUCCUUUCUCCUCCCAUAUUUUGCCUCUUCAUUUCUCCCCACACCGUCCAUUCUUCUUCCACCUGUAGCAACUCACUUCCACCCCAUGCCCAUCUGUCCCUUCUCUCCUGCCCUUUUCUCUCUCCACCUCCUUGUCUGUGCCCACCUUCUUGCUUGCGCUUUCACGUCUGUGCACCCUUUCCCUUCUCCUCUCCCGCUUCUCUCUCUGUGCCUCCCUUGUUUGUUCUCCCCCUUUUUUGGGUCUGUGUACCUCCAUGCACUCUGCCCUCUCUCUCGAUUGCUUAAGCAUUUUUCUUUUGCAUUGCAUACUAGGAGUAAGGACAUGACCCUUCUCCAAAUUACUCUUUACCAAAAGUCUCUGAGGUAAUCUGUAUUGAAAUGGGCUUCCCCAUUUUGUAUAAUAAUCAUCUGAAGAUGUUCAAGCUUUACAUAUUAGAAAACCUGUGCCCUGAUUGCUUUAUUUAAUCACCCUGGGGAAACCAUUAUCACCCGCAGUGCAACACUAAAGUCAAUCACUGCUGACAAGCUGUCACCACACCGAGCUGAUUACUGAGGGGAACUGCACUCACUGAGCCAUUGGGCCUGACUCUUUGCUGCUGUGAAAGUGGCAACACAAAUGAUACCUGUGGAGUAAUUGUACAUAAAUUGCUUUGAAAGAUUGAAACUUACUUGCAGAGCACCAUUGCUAUUGCCCCUAGCUGUGGGGAAUUGAUAGUUUCUACCUUUUGCUGCUUUGUUGCUGAGCUCUGUAGCACCACUGCAAUUCUGACAGGUAGGCAUACAGUAGCUGCCAGGAAUAGACAAUUGGAAGUUUUUGCCCUAUUGGAAGACUAGUAACUGGAUUUCAUCUAGUCACCUUGUGUAUAUAACAAAUGCACAAGAGCUUUUUCUCUUUCUCACUCAGUGGCUUAGAGUGGCCUUUCCCAAGACUAACAAUUGGUGAGUGUGUACUGUUGUAACUGGCUGCUCAGCAGUGUUCAUUUUGCACUGUUUUCAUAGUACACCAUUGGUACUGGUUAUUAAAACAAAACCUUGGAACACUUCACCUUCCUGAAGCGCACUGCAUUUUCCGAACAAUGAGGAAAUUGCGUGGUGAAAUGGGACAGGGAGUGAGAGGGAGGAGGGGAAGAACCAGACAAAUGUCCUGAGGUCAGUUCACCAUUGAACCAAAGUAUGCAUCUAGUGCCUAAAAUAAAAGCGCUCGCUGUAUGAGUGGGAUGGGUUGAGAUGGAUAGAUAUUGCUGUCCUGGUUACUUUUCGAAGGUGAGUUUUAGUAUUUGUGUUUGUAUAGGGGCUACCACAUUGUGGCUUCAGAGCUUUUGGAACUAACACUUUUUUUAAAAUUUGCUUCCCUUUCCACAUCUUGCCUUGCUGAGGUCUUCAGUCAACUGAAUAGAUCCAGGGUUGUGGGAACAACUGUGAUUCAGCAGUAUUGAUGCAAAGGUUUUAAUUACAGAAUCUUUGAAUAUGCCUCAGUUUUAUAACUCAGUAUUGCAACUAGGUUUGUGUCCUGUUCCAUUCUUUGUUUCUUUGUCAAACCACUAUAGCUCCCUUGGCUUGCUUGCCAAGCUGUUACACUGGACUCCUUAAAUUGUCUGGUUGCCAGAAAUGCCUUGUGAGAAUGAACGAUGCCCUAUGUUUCCUUUCCCUUCCCUUUACCCUUUGAUUCGGUUCCGGUUUGUGAGUGUUUCCCCUUUCAGGUUGUUAGUACCUAGCCCGCUUCUCUUCCUCCUUUGGCUUAACAGCUUCCAUAAUAUUGUAACCAGGCUCGUGCACUACAGGAAGGAAAUAAAACACAUGUCUGUGCCUCUUGUAAAUGUCGCGCAGUGAGUCAAGCAAUGAAUCGCACUGUGAAGGGUGAGCGUGUACUCAGCCUGCAUCACUUGCCUGCCUUUCCCACUGCAUUUGUCGCCAAUAAAAUAUUGUUUACAGCACAGUAAGUUCACAACAGGUUUUUAAUAGUUGCUAAUAGCUUAAGAAAACUAUUGAAAUUGUUUGUCUGUGAUCUCCAUGCAUGCUAGUCUCUUAUUUUUGUAGAAAGCUUUGUGCUGUCUGUUCCAAGAGAAUAAUUAAUACAUUUUGUUUAACAUUCUGGGAAUGGGAGCUUUUUGCCUGUGUACAGUACAGAUCUGUCUAACACUUCAUUAAAUAAAUCUAGUGUGUGGAAAUGCAAGCGUCUAGAAGUGUAAAGUACUCGCAAGCCCCAGUUAUAUCUAUCAAAUGCCAUAUGCUAAACUGGAGUGUUUUGGGGUGCAUGGUUUCUGUUUCAGAAAUUAACAGUAUUAUAGCAUUUGCAGGUUUCACAGAGGGAUAUAUCUAUUUUCUUAGUUUUUAUUUUUGGUCAAAUGUAGAAAUGCUCCAUUGUUGAAGCCAGUGUUUGGAUAAUGAAUGUACAGAAUGAAUAAAAUUGACAAUAAUUCACAUCUCCUCCCCGCCACGGUCUUUAGCUGUGGAUGAAACCGAUGUGGACAUUAGAAGGAAGGUAAAAAAGAAAAUACAAAGAACAGGCUAGGUUUGAUACACCCAGUACUACUUGAGUUGUGUGAACUCAGGAAUUAAGACAGGGCUUCUAGUGAUCUCCACAGAAAAGUUCACAAUUUAAAUGGUAAUUGGAAGGCAGCAUCCACCAGACAAGUUGGUUAAGUUGAGAAGGAAACACUGAUCUAAACAACUCAAUUUAAAAUACUUUUUGUUUUACCUCAGUCUAUCUCUGACCCACAUUGUAGAAUGCAGUGAUGAAAAGUAAUUGCUAUUGCACAGUUGAUAUCAAGUGUUGAUGUUGAGCCUCUUAAAACCACAGGCUGUCGAAAAGUCUUGUCUUAUCUGUUCUUGCCGUGACAAAUGCACCUUUUAGUUUUGGCAUUAUGUUCAGUCACGAUUUGACUCAUUGCCGAAGUCACAACGGUAAAACUGAUCUAAUUUUAGCUCUGCCUCUGCUCUGCAGAGCUGUGGGCAAAUUCAUUUAUGCUUUUGAGUCACAGCCCUAUAUCCCAUGAUACUGGCCACCGCCUUGGAAAUACCUACAUUUGUUUCAAGUGGCAAUUGCCUUCAGCCCCUCUGCCUGUUCUCUGAUGCUGUGACCCUGGUGAGUGUAGGUGAAGCUUUAUGAAACUUUGUUAAAACAAUUCACAAGCAGCAAUGAUAAUCAAUCAGAAAUGAGUAUUUAGGAUAUACAUUUAGGGAGAACUGUUUCUUUGUAUGGAACUGAAAGGAGACUAUUUGGUCUGUUUAUUUGGCUUGUGUGAAAGUGGUGGACCUUAUUUUGCAGCUCAGAAUGGACAGUGUAUAAAGGGUAAAAGCUAGCGGCAGGGCGAGAGCUGGUGCUUUAAGAGUACAAGUGGUUUACAUACUGCUCUUCCUGGCUGAACAUCACAGCCUCAGCCUGUGGUUAGCUUCUUAUAUGUCGCUUUGUGAUGUUUGCCUGCUGUGUCCUGGAGAGCACAUCUAAUAUCUCUCACUUUAACUUCAACACCUUCCUAUCUGUUCAGUUAUGAUUUGCAUUUUCUAUUCCCACCCCACCCUGCCCCUGAUAUUUUUGGUCACAUUUGAAGAUUUUUAACAAAUAUCUUUGGGGUGUUUAAAAAUUGAUGCUGAACCUGAAAUUGAUGCUAAUGGUUUGAAAUGGCAUUGGGGCUGUUUUGUCUAAAACUGUUACAAUAAAAUGGAGUUAACUCCGGUUUUAUAACCAUACUAUUGUUUUACUGAGCCAUCUGAACUUGUUCCAAUUUACAAUGCUAUAUUGCUUUCCUCCUGAAGGUAUUCCCAAAGCAGCAGUGACUCUAAAAAGGUAAAUAUUUUUAACAGGAAAUACUUCGAAUUCAGCUGUUUUAAAGGAGCUCUAAAUUUGGCUUUCCAUUCAAAAAGUGUUCACAAAUUUCAAUAAGAUUUGUUUUGAGAAGGGAGAGUGUCACAGAGAACAACAGAUCGUGGACGUGGUCAUUAGUUCUGCUUUGGCCGUCACAAUUGGUGACGUCGAGAGAGAUCAAAUACAAACAUUGAAGCAAGGGAAUGGACGAUAGUCAGUGCACCUACAUAAAUUAUAGUCUUAGCUCAAUUAUUAGUUUUGGCUCUUUUCAUGAGGUGACUAAAUUGGAGAGGGAGAGAAGUAAUGAACUGGUUAUUUGCAAUCAGGUUGGUAAUCAGACCUGACACCACCUGAUCUCUUUGACUGUGUAAUUCAGCAGAUCAUUUAUUUUGAACCAUUCCAAGUGUCCUGUUCUUGUUCCUCAGCCUUGUGAAUAUCAGUAUAAACUGGUAUUUGUGACAGUGCUGGAACCGAGGUUUCGGGAAUAUUUUCAUCCAAAAAAAGGGUUUCCUGUUCCCACCCACAGGCAUUGUGUCCUAGAGAACUUGGUGAUGUUUAACAGUAGCAGCUGUUGUAGUGGUUUGGUCACAGAGAUGCUUUGCCUAUGUUGCGUUCCCAUUGCCAGCCUCUGAACUGGCCUCUUUGUUAAUAAUUUGGUCCUGGUGUUUAAUACUGACAAGCAAAUAUCUCAUUAAAGUGGUCACAUGUAAA